CGGACCCCCCCGGACCCCCCCGGAGCCCCGGACCCCCCCCCAGCCCCGGGGGGGCCUCCCGAGCCCGCCGCGGCCCCGCCGGCGGUUCCGGGGCCAUGGACGUCGAGGAUUGCAACGCGCGCUCCUUCCUCAGCGGAAUCUGCUCUUCCUGGAAGGUGAGCGGCGCCCCGCGCCCCGCCGGGAUCCCGCGCUGCUUCCCGGGAAUCCCGAUCCAGGGAUCCGCGGGAUUCCCCCCGCAAGGCCGUGGGGAUUCCCCCCUGGAGCAGGAAUUCCGCUCGGCCGUGGGGGGAGGGGCAGCCCGGAGCCCCCCCAGCCCCCGCUCGUCCCCGCGCUCCCCCGCCAACUCCAUCAAGGUGGAGAUGUCGUCGGACGAGGAGUGUCCGGGCCGGGCGCUGUCGCAGGGGGAGCGGGAGGCGCUGCCCGAGGAUUCGCUGCCGGAGCCUUUCCCGGAGCAAUUCCCGGAGCAAUUCCCGGAGCAAUUCCCGGAGCCGCACUCGCCGGGCGGGAUCCGCCUCCCCAACGGGAAACUCAAGUGCGACGUCUGCGGGAUGGUCUGCAUCGGCCCCAACGUGCUCAUGGUGCACAAGCGCAGCCACACCGGAGAACGACCCUUCCAGUGCCAGCAGUGCGGCGCCUCCUUCACGCAGAAGGGGAACCUGCUGCGCCACAUCAAGCUGCACUCGGGGGAGAAGCCCUUCAAGUGCCCCUUCUGCUCCUACGCCUGCCGGCGCCGCGACGCCCUCAGCGGGCACCUGCGCACCCAUUCCGUCUCCUCGCCCGUGGUGGGCAAGCCCUACAAGUGCAGCUCGUGCGGCCGCAGCUACAAGCAGCAGAGCAGCCUGGAGGAGCACCGGGAGCGCUGCCACGGCUUCCUGCACCGGGAGAGCCCCGCGCGGACAGGAGAGGAAAUCCGGGAGCUGGACAUGGUGCCCGAGGCGUUGCUGCACCCUGAGCGCCCCACCUUCAUCGAGCGCCUGGCAGGCAGCUUCACCAAGAGGAAACGCUCCACGCCGCAGAAAUUUGUGGGCGAGAAGCAGAUGCGCUUCGCCCUCUCGGAGCUGCCGUUCGAUGUCAGCCCGGGCUUCGACAAGGACGUGGAGGUGGUUCCGUCCCGCGGGCACGCCCUGGAGCCGCCCUACGCGGGGCCGCUCUCCCUGCUGGGCGCCGCCGACCCGCUGCGCCCGCUGCGCCUGGCCACCAACUGCAUCACCGAGGUCACGCCGGUCAUCAGCUCCGUCUACACCCAGAUCCAGGCGCUGCCCGCCCGCCUCGAGCUGCCGCGGGGCCGCGACUCCUCGGAGGACGGCGCCGAGGGCAUCCCGGUGAUCUUCCGCGGCCGCGGCGGCGGCGACGCCGCCGGGGGAUCGCCGUCCAACGGCUGCCAGGACUCCACGGACACCGAGAGCAUCCAGGAGGAGCGGGCGGGCGGCGGCAGCAGCCGGCACAGCCCCGCCUACGCCAAGGAGGAGCCCAAGGAGGAGCCGGACGGCGCGGCGCGCUGCUUCCCCAAGGAGUCGCUGCGGGUGCUCAACGAGGAGGGCGAGCAGCUGCGGGCCUUCUGCUGCGAGCACUGCCGCGUGCUCUUCCUGGACCACGUCAUGUUCACCAUCCACAUGGGCUGCCACGGCUUCAGGGACCCUUUCGAGUGCAACAUCUGCGGCUACCGCAGCCAGGACCGCUACGAGUUCUCCUCGCACAUCGUGCGUGGCGAGCACAAGAUCUGAGGUGGGAAAAGCAACCCCCUUUUCCUGCCUCAAAUUUUCUGAUUUCACCGCGGUUUUCCCCUCCUAAAUUGUGCUCGGGGAACACAAGAUAUGAGGUGGGAUAAGC